UUCUAUAAUCAGAUGCAAGAUAUGCUGGCAACAUUCUGAAGUCCAAUUCACAUUCGUGUUCUACAAGAAGUGACUGCCAGUUACAGAGCUGGAGGUGUGCCUAGCUAUUAAUGGGAUGCUGAGCUGAAAUGCUGAUCUCUGGAGCUGAAUUGUGACUCUGCACUGCUCAAAUACAGCUGUAGUGCUUCACCGCCUUUACUUAUGUUGAAUUAAGUCUGUGCAAGACUCUAUUGGGAGAACCACCUAAAAUAAAAUACUUGAAGCACAGCAGAUGACUUACAAAGCAUCUUUUUCUCUAACUCAGAUAUUUAGGUCUAAUGUACUCCAACAUUAUUUUCCUAAAAAGCUGAAAAGUUGGAAUCCUACCCAAACCAGCUAGGAUGUAUAUAAUAAGCGUCGUAUUUCAUUAAACAUUUUUUUUCAUAUCUGGAAGGCAGAAGAAUAUCAGCAUCAUUAAAUCCUGUAUGGGACCAGGCACAGAGAAGGAAUCCUCGUGGAAUUGGUAUCUGGGAUUUUUUAAGGUUAUCAUCACAGUGGUAUGUCCCUGCACUCAGUCCUGCCUCUGAAAGUGGCUAUGUGCAAGAUUCAAGUGAGAGAAAUUAUCUCCUAGACUUUAAAGCAAAAUCAUGGACCUAUAUCUCCUGUCUCUCAUCUUGGUGAAGUGUCUUUUCCAUCUGAUUUUGUGUGACAAACAAGUUUUGGGAGCAACAGGAGCUUUGAAAUGGGAUGAAAAGGAUCCAGAUGAAAGUUUGGUGAAUAAUGUUGUCCAUGGCAGACUUCACAGUCCACUCCGUCUAUUUGUUAAGCAAUCUGCUCUGCAAAGGCAACCCCAGAUGUCUUAUGUGGAUACGGUGGAAAACUUCUGGAAUUGGUUGGCCAACAUUAGUGAUACUCAAGAAUCUCUUGUACGAACUAAGCGUCGGCCAAUUGUUAAAACAGGCAAAUUCAAAAAGAUGUUUGGAUGGGGAGACUUUCAUUCAAAUAUUAAGACUGUAAAACUGAAUUUGCUCAUUACUGGAAAAAUUGUGGAUCAUGGGAACGGGACCUUCAGCGUGUAUUUCCGACAUAACUCCACUGGACUUGGGAAUGUUUCUGUCAGUCUUGUGCCUCCUUCUAAAGUGGUGGAAUUUGAAACAUCUGCUCAGUCAACUCUCGAGAACAAGGAUUCCAAGUCUUUUAACUGUCGGAUUGAAUAUGAAAAAACAGACAGAGCAAAAAAGACUGCAUUGUGCAACUUUGAUCCUUCUAAAAUCUGUUACCAAGAGCAGACCCAAAGUCAUGUUUCUUGGUUGUGCUCUAAGCCAUUCAAAGUAAUUUGCAUUUAUAUCGCUUUUUUCAGCAUAGAUUACAAACUUGUACAAAAAGUUUGCCCUGAUUACAAUUACCAUAGUGAAACACCAUAUUUGUCGUCUGGUUGAAGAAUACCUAUUAGUUAAACACAGUUUUCAAUCAAGAACAGUAUUACCCCUUUGUUGAUUGGCAGGGACAAUCUAUUGCGACGCUUUCUUUUUGUGACUUUUCAAUGAACAAAUAUUCUUUACCAGGUGGAAACAAAGUGAUUGUGGCCGUGUUAGACUUGCAUACUAUAUUUUACUUAAAUAAUGUUCAAAUGUUUCUGUAAUUUUGAAGUUAUGUAGUCCAAAGUAAAAAUCAGGGAGAGUGGACGCGUAACAGGGUGAUAAGGAUUAUGCAUGACAUAAGUUCUAAGCUGACAUACUACCGUACUUGAAAUACGAUUAUUUACAAUAUUGAGAAAAAAAGGAAAGGUGUUGUGAAGCCAUGAACAUAUUAACAAUAAUUACAAUAAAUAUAUUGUCAUAAGAAAACCAGUAGUGAUGCCACCCAUUGCAUUAUUUGAUCAGCUAUUAACCAACAUUCAAAACUACAAAGACAAAAUUGUUCUACUUAGAUAUCUACUGUCCUAUAAUUUAUACUUAAAAUGUAUUUUAAAAUCUAAAAGUUGUGGACUUGUCAACAAAAUGUU